UCAGCCAGGUUUUUACAAUAGAGUAUUGUUACUCAUUAUAAUUUAUUAUGCAUAAAUUCGCAUAUAUAUUUUAUGUAUAUUAAUAUUGGAGUGACAAGCAGAAAAUAUAUCAAAAUGCGAAAUUCUAUUUUUGACCGUCCUUCUUCUUCACUUAAGAUAUUUUUGUGUGAUAGACAAGCUAGUGACAGAUGAAACUAACGGUGUGAUUUGCGUGUUAAUGCUAUCAGAGUAAAACAAUUUUCCUGAUCGAAAUUUCAACCACUCAAAAUGGAAAGUAAUCGUAUGAUCGUAUUUAUUACUUAUGAAUAUGGACAACCUUUAAUAUAAGCACAAGAGGUGACAAAUACUCUUAAAUACUUACAUUCUUACAUUCUUACAUCACUUAAUUAUAAUAAAACAUAAGCUAACAUAACAAAACUACUUCUUCUAAAAGAUGACUGAAAAUAAGGUAUUACCAUCAAAAGUUAUUGGUUACUGGAUGUCAGAUCGAAAAAGCCAAAAACUUAAUUGGACUGAGUUUGGAAAAGUUUGCAAAAAUCAUGGAUAUGAACUAGUGAAAUUAGAUCUGAAUAAACCUCUUGAAAAUCAAGGACCAUUUGAUGCAAUAGUACAUAAACUGACAGAAAUAAUUGCUAGAAAAGAUAAUCAGGCUUAUCAAAUCAUUGGCAGAAUUGAACAAUAUAUAAAAAAUAAUCCUAAAGUCCUGAUUAUUGAUCCAUUGGAUAGUGUACGUACAUUACUUGAUCGUUUCAAGACAUACAGUGUUGUGUUGAACACCAGCUUGCAUAAUAUUGAUGUAUUUACACCAACAUUUGUUGAAAUAUUAUCUAACAAUGUUGAAGAAAAUGUAAAAAAACUGAAAAAUGCUGGAGUAACUUUUCCAUUUAUUUGUAAACCAUACAUAGCUCAAGGUACUGACUAUUGUCAUAAGAUGUCAGUGAUUUUUAAUGAAAGAGGUGUUGUUGAUUGUAAGCCUCCAUGUGUUGCUCAAUCUUUCAUCAACCAUAAUGCUAUUCUAUAUAAAGUGUUUGUUGUUGGAGAUCAUUAUCAAAUGGUAGAACGACCAUCUUUAAAAAAUUUUUACACAAUAAAUGAGAAUCAAAAGACAAUUACUUUUGACAGCCAUUCUGUGUCAAAAUCAGACUCAAGUAGUGAACUCAGUGUAUUAGAUCCUUCAGAAAGUGCCAAACCAUGUAGUUUGGAUUCAAAUAAAUUAUAUCGUAUUGUAAAAACUUUGGGCAACUAUCUUAAUAUGUCUCUCUAUGGUUUUGAUAUUGUAGUAGAAAACAAUACAAAUCGUCAUGCUAUCAUUGAUAUUAAUGCAUAUCCGGGUUAUGAUGGUUUCCCAGAUUUUUUUGGUAAACUUAUAGACUGUGUUAUGACUCGUCUUGCUCAAUCCUCACAUAAUGUCAAAAAUUAUUUUGAGGAUUCAGGGUUUGAUACUAGUGAUUCAAGUGAUGAAAAGAAAUCUCGUAUUAAGUUGGAUUUGAUUAAUUAAAAUUUGAUCAAUUAAAUGUUUUUCUAAUUAUAAAAUUUCAAUUAUAGUUAAAAUUUUCAUAUAUAAAAUUUAAUAUAUUUUGUUAAUCUGAUUUUUAACUAAACAAAUUAGUAAUUGAUAAGAUUCACUUAAUAUUAAUAAUUUUUUUAAGUUAAGAUAUUGCUUUAAUUUUUUAAUAUUUUUAUUUUAAUACUAUUAUGUAUUAACACUUUGGAUUGUUUAAGCUUGCAGAACACCAAGAUCAAAAUUUCUUACUAAAAAAAAUAAAUUAACAAUAUUUUUAUACAUUUAUUUUAAGGAAUAAAACUAUUCUUUUGGAGAAUUAUUUAUUUAGUUCUAUAUAUAUAUAAAAAAAAAAAAUUAUUUUGAAAAAUAUUUUUAAAGUAUGUUUAUAAUAAUUGUCAAAUGGCCUCCAAUUUUACGAGUCUAUCAGUUUUACUAGUAUAAAAUACCAUGUUGAGCCUGUUGAGCAUAUGAUAGGAAGAAAAUUUGUUUAAUGUAUUCAUUAGUUUACUACAUCUUUGUCUAAUGUUAUUCGUUUAAAUGUUGGCAAAGAUAUAUGAGCAAUUUAAACAUAGACAUAAAAAUAAAAUGUUUCAUAAUUUAUUUCAAAAAAAAAUAAUUGGUUUCACAAACAAC